AUGCCUCGUGUGUCCAAGCUUAUCCGGACCCUUGCUCGUGCGCCAGAUAUGUCGAGGCUGCAGGAGAUGGACCGAUCUGGGGGUGGGAUCGCGACAAGGGAAGACGCGACGAUGGAGCGACGGGUGAAUUCGAGGUUUUGCACCGGGCUAAGGCGAAGCUAUGAGGUCGGGCCUAGGAGCUUCGAGGCGAGCAAUCGCCAUGCUCCCUCUUCGCACUCAGCCGCCCUCCCCGCGGCGAGAGCAUGCGCGGCAAUCCUCUCGCUCUCGGCAGCCCUCUCGAACGAGGCAGUCUUCUCAUCCCCGGCAGUCUUCCCACACCCGGCAAUCUUCCCGUACCAGGCAGUCCUCGCAUACGCGACAGCCUUCUCACCCGCCUCGCCCCGCCCAUACGAGGCAACCCUCACAGCCGCGCUCGCCACGACGCCGCAGACCCUCUAA